UAUGCUUGCGAAGAUGGGCGCUUUGAUACCAGCCGAGAAUCCAUUGUUUUGACGGCACUAACACUUCUGAAGAGCCAUCUUUUCAACUAUCAAGGUUAUGUUCAGGUUGCUCUUGUACUUGGUGGAGUUGAUGUUACCGGAUCGCACCUGUACACUAUAUAUCCCCGUGGCUCAACGGACUCAUUGCCAUUUGCUACAGUGGGUUCAGGUUCUCUUGCUGCAAUGUCUGUAUUUGAAUCUAAAUACAGAGGAGGAUUGAUCAAAGACGAAGGCAUAAAGCUUGCGGCUGAGGCAAUAUGUCCGGGUAUAUUCAAUGACCUUGGAAGUGGAAGCAAUGUCGAUGUUUUUGUGAUAACUAAGGGUCGUAAGGAGUACCUCAGGAACCAUCUGCAGCCAAAUCCCCGUACAUAUGUCAAUGUGAAAGGCUACUCUUUCCCGAGGAAGACUGAGGUUCUGAUUACGAAAAUCACUCCACUCAAGGAGAAGCUCGAAGAAGCUACGGCUGACGCAAUGGAAGAGCAGAAUACUUAGAACACACUGCUGCAAAUAUUUUGAAUUGUUGUAUUGAACUUAGAAGUCGAACAAACUGAGCUGAAAACAUUCACACCAAAAGCUCCUGGAAAUGUUCUCCACCUGUUUAUCUUUUAACUUAUUAAGAGAAAAUGACCUGAGGGUUGUAUUUUCAGAGUUUAAGAAAAGGUAAUUUUGUUCCCACUCUUUCUUUUACUCUCUAU